UUUUUGCCUGUAUAAACUAAUAAAUGGCUUUGUAAUGGGUAAUUCGAUCUCGCAAUUGCCGUUUUGGUACAUUUUAAUCGUUCAGAAGACAGAACUCUGCGCCAUUUUUUUGUCACAUUUUCAGUUGUAGAAUAAUAUACAUACAGUAGUCCCUCGCUAACUCGAACUCCCAAGGGGAAAGAAAAAUUGUUCGAGUUACCGGGGGUUCGAGUUAACCGGAGUUGGUGUCAGAUUACGUUUAUUAUAUAAGUAAUACAAUAAGAUAUAAAAUCCAAUCGAAUCAUUCUUCAAGGGAUACCAGGCCUCCCAAUAUGAAUGGUCAGCGAGAGUGGACGACGUUUUAAAAUUAAAAAGAUCGAAAGAAUACAAAAGGAACUAAAAAAGUUAGAUCAAUAACGACCGUAGCACCACACAAAAUCUUUUAAAAUUUAUAGGCAUUUAUAUACAAUUAUACACUGAUUAACUUGUUGUUAUUUUGAUAGUUUCCAGUUGUCAAAAUUCUAUCUUCUCACAUUUCAAAGUUUGCUGAUCUAUGAUUCGAAAGUCGAAACCAAAGUUCGAGUUAACCGGAUAUAUUUGACCAAGGGGAAACAAAAUUUGUUCGAAUUAGCGAGGAGUUCGAGUUAAGCGAGUUCGAGUUAAGCGGAGUAAAUUACUAUGAAAAACACUAUCAAAUUCAAGGGGAAUUGGAUUUAGUUCGAGUUAGCGAGGAGUUCGAGUUAAGCGAGUUCGAGUUAGCGGGGGACUACUCACUACUGUAUACUCAACAUAGGGGGCCCAUCAAUGUUUUGCACGUAUGUUAAAGUAAAUGUGGUCACUUUACAAGCAGUUGUGCCAGUCAGUCAAGAAUGCAAAGAAAUGAUAAAAAUGACUGAAAAACAAGGAUAUGUUAAAGCCUUGGUUAAUAUUGGUGGGGGAAGACAAAAGCUCAUGCCUGAGGUGAGAAAUAACUACAGAUGCAUUGUAGACUCAUUUGAGAAAGCUGCUGAAAUAUGGGACAGAAUCAAACAUUUGAUUCCAGAGAAAUGGCGAGGACGGAAAGCGCUCGGUUUGAAUGAACGAUUACGUUUUCUUCGAUAUGAUCCAGGACAAGAGUUUAAACCACAUUUUGACGGGUCGUAUGUGAGAGAUAAUGGUGAAGCAAGUUACUUGACUAUUCAACUUUACCUUAACGAGGGUUUCACUGGAGGAGCCACUACUUUUCUCGAAAAUUUCGAAUUUGGUAGAAAUGAUGUGGAUUGUGUUCCCAAAAUUGGUCGUGUUCUUGUUUUUCAACAUGAUAUUCUUCACAGUGGGUCAAAAUUGAUGAAGGGAAGAAAAUACUGUCUUCGCACUGAUGUGAUGUUCAGUAGAGAUUGAUGCAUCAUCAUUUAACCUCAAGUUAAUGCUGUAAUUUUUGGACGACGAUUGAUUCAACUCAUGAGUCCUGUUUUUACGGCUAAGACGUUUUAAAAAACAUUGAACAAAUGAAGGACUAUGUGGAGAUUGGUGUAAAACUAUUGUAACGGAUAUCGAAUAAUCUUUAAAUAUAGACUAACCUAAUGGAAUAAGGAAAAGCAAGUUGCCGCGGAUGCACCAUUGUAAGUGCUUCCGAGAUUAAUAAUUUUAUAUAAAUAUAGCAGUUAAUAAUAGAAAAUAUAUUAUAGAUAAUUAAAGGAAGCUAAUACGCCCUAUAGAACGAGAGUAUAAAUAACAAAUGUAAAAUAUGAAUAAGAGAGUUGGAUUUAGACCGGUUGUGUGUUUGUGUGUGAAGUAAGCUCGGCUCGUUACACUAUGACGAUACGUUACACUUUUUAAAGCUUGGAUAUAUUCAUCCAAGGUCUCACCUACUUGUUGCCGUCUCGUAGCUAGAACAUGCCG